CACAAACCAAUGCCCUUACAGAAAAAAAGAGAAUCUAUAUUAGAUCUUAUUUAUCUCAACCGAUCUCAUAUCAUGCAAUCUCAUCUGUUCUUCUUGUCUUGGAAGAUCAGAGGGCAAUUCCCAAAUUGAUCACAUUUGUUUUCAAAUCCUCUGAAAAUGAAUUCUACUGUUUCAGAGCUGGGGACCACUGCACAGUCUUCUUGGACAGGCAUGAUAUCCAUUAGUACCUCACAGGUGUAUGAUCAAACAUCUUACAGACCAGUUAUUGAUGGUUCAAACACAUCUCCAAUCUAUGAUUACAAAGAUUACUACAGUGAAGCUGUUGAUCCAUCUGAGUAUUCUCCCUGUGGUUAUGGCAGUCAUGCAUCCAGCAUCCUACCUGUGUUAUACUCUCUGUUUUUCAUGGUGGGAAUGCCGGGUAACUUGGUGGUGGUCUGGGUGAUCAUGAUGAGUGUGAAGCUGAGAAGCAUGACUGACAUCUGUCUUCUGAACCUGGCUUUAGCUGACCUGCUGCUGGUCUCCUCUCUCCCUUUCCUGGCACACUAUGCUAGAGAUCAGUGGAUCUUUGGACGUGCCAUGUGCACCAUGGUGUUAAGUGUCUACCACAUUGGGUUCUACAGUGGGAUAUUCUUCAUUGUACUGAUGGGCAUCGAUCGAUAUUUAGCUGUUGUUCAUGCUGUGUUCUCUUUGAGAGUCAGAACAAGGAGAUAUGGAAUUUUAGCCAGUGCGGUCAUCUGGAUCAUGGCGAUUGCAGCUUCAUUUCCUGAGCUGAUCCACCUUAAUAUCAGUAAAUACAAAAAUCAAACCCUUUGUAAAUCAUAUCCAACAAGUGACAGUGAGGAUCAUCUAUUUUUAAGGACUUUUGGUAUUAUUAAAAUGAAUGUUCUGGGAUUAUUUAUUCCACUUGUUGUCAUUGGAUUUUGUUACUCAAUGAUACUAAACAGACUCCUGAGAGCUCGCUCUUCCAGAAAACAGGCCAUGCGGCUUGUCAUUAUAGUGAUGGUGGUCUUUUUCUGGUGUUGGACUCCAUAUAAUGUUGCAGCUUUUGUGAAAGCUUUGGAGGUGAAUAAAUUUAUAGAUUCAUCAUGUGAAAGCAGCAAGACAAUCACUUUAAGUCUCCAGAUCACAGAAGCUGUGUCGUACUCACAUAGCUGCCUGAAUCCCAUUCUCUACGUGUUUGCAGGAGAGAAAUUUAGGAGGCACCUUUUCCGACUCCUGAAUAAAACCCCCUUUAGCAGAUUACAGUUCAUGAAGAGCUAUCUUACACAAGCCACAGGAUCUUUUUAUUCACAGACCACCAGCGUGGAUGACAGGUCUACUGCAGUGUGAAUAGAGGGAAUUAAUUGUGGUAGGAAACAUGGACAAGGAACCAUCAAAACAAUUCUAUGGAACACAGAAAUGGCAGCUGAUGUGCCCUUUUCCUAUAAUGUAGCAGUUCUUUACCCUGGUCCUCGCGAUCCCCCUCUCUGCACAUUUUGCAUAUCGUUCUUGUUUAAUACACCUGAUUCAAAUCCCAAGUUCAUGACAAGAGCUAAUGUACUAACUAUUCUUCGAUUGCCAGUGUCCCUAGACAGUGCUCAUUGCUCUCUAGUCCUGCACACAGGAAAUCAGCUGAAGUUUAAGAGCAGCAUUUUCACACACAAACCUCACUAAGGGUUAAUUGACUGUAAUCAUGAGAUUUGCAUGCGUCUUGUGCACUUUAAUGCCCUUUGAAUCUUACGUAGGCCUACACUCCUUACAAAGUGGAAUCAUGGCAGAAUAUAAAUUGAUGUUUACUUCGCAGGGCACUUAUGGUCGUAUAGAACAAACCUCUGAAAGAAAUAAAAAAACAGACAAAAUAUGCAGAGCGGGUGUCGCGAGGACCGGAUUAAGAACUUCUGCUAUAUUGACUAUAGUUACAGUAUUAACUUUAAAAUGUUAGAUCACGGGCAGGUUUUUCAUUAGUAACAUCUGUAAUUGUUUGUAUUUAAUUUUAAUUAGACCACUUAUGUGUGCUUUUAUUUUUAGUUGUUUUCCAGCAAUGCAUAUGUACAUCAUUUUGUGAUGGGAUUGUGUUGGUUCUGUUUUUGUACUAUAUAUCUUCUAGAACUGUAUUUACUUGUCACAAUACGGUGAACAAAACUUGUUUCAAUAAUGCAUAUACUAACUAGAUAAACCAUUUUUUAUAAACAAAACAAAUACUUCCGGGAAAAACAAAUCCUCACUUUGGAAUUAUAAAGUCUGACAUUUUUGUCAAAAUUGAAUUUUUCACAUGUUCACACAUAACGUGUAUUAAUAUUUUUUCUUUACAUUGUGUACAUUUGGGGCAAACCCAUCAUAUUUCACAACCCAUCACAUCACAAACCCAUCAUAUUUUGAAAACGGUUUUAUCUUCAGAGUCUGCAAAAUGCAAAAACUUCACUAUCUCAAAGUUGCUCUGAAUGUAGAUAGAACCUUAUCUUUCCAAAGUGACGAUAUAUAAGUGUGUGACCAAAGUAUUUAUUGUGAUUUAACUUUCUUACAGGUUGAAAGUUUAAAACGCUUUACUGAAAUGUUUAAAAGUGUUUGUUCUGAAGGUUUAGGCUAAAAUGUCUAAAAACAGUUUCAUGGACAUGCAGCACAAAUGUUUUAGUCAUUACAAAACUACAAUUUUCUUUAAUAUUUUUUUAAUUAAUGACUGACCGAAUAAUGUAGAAAGAUCAGCCAAUAAAAUCUCGGAAUAGAUGGUAACUCCUUUAAUAUUGUAUAAAAGCAUCUCAGGGUGAGACUGCUGCUUGAUACAAUGACAAGAUUUCUGCAAAUUCUAUUAAAAAACGAGUUUUUACCAAUUGUUUUAAUUUUUAAGUCACAAUAUAACUUUAAUAAAUCCCUUUGUGUUAUUCCACGGUUUUGAUGAGCUUACUAAAAUGUAAAAAAAAAAAGGAAGCGAGUGUUCUGAAACUUUUCACUGGUAGUGUAUAUGUUUGUUUUCAUGUGGGGGAACAAAAGGUUUUCUCGUGGAUUUUUGUAUGUA